AUGACUCUUAAUGGGAGCCUCUCGUUUUGGGCCGCGUGCGUGCAGGCCUCGAGGGAGAGCUUCUGGCAGUCCAUUAGUCGGCAGAGCUGUUCUCUGUCGGGCUCAGCUAGCCAUGGCCGCCGCAAGCGACUGAAACUUGGGGAGUUUAAGGUUGACGUCCGGCGCCACCUCAGCAAGGUACCCAUCGACCAACUUCGCCACCAUUGUGAUCGGAGUCAACGACGGCGAACCCAUCAGUUGACCAUCGUCCACCGAGCCGCCCGGAGACUCGUCCCCAACCUCUCGAUCCAUCCUCAAAAAUUGCUCCAAAAUACGCUGAACGCAAUCCACAUCAUAAAGAGUCUCCAUCGAAUACGAAAAGCUCGGCAUCAACAAAUCCUCGAGGCUCGCCUGCUCCCGUUGAUCUUCUUCCGAGAGCGACACUUUCCCGCCGCCGCCAGGCUGGCGGCGGUUCAGACCCGGAAGAUAUUUCUUCGCGUAGAAAUCAAGCGAGCCCGCGAUUAUCUCCUGCCUCACUCCACGAGCCUCCAUGGCCGAAAUCAGUCGCUUAAAGUCGAGACAUCAUCGUACCACCAGUCGGAAGUCGGGUUCUUGGGCCGGGCCCCGGUGCUGAUUCCGUUCCAGAGCACGCUUCCACCCGGGCUCUGCAUAAGCCCGAUUUGCUCUGUAACGGGCCAGCCGAAAAGGUUCGGGUCUGCACAGGCCCGAGCAGCUAGAGACUCGAUGCACCGUUUUGGGAUCUGCAGAGACUCGGCGUAG